AUGUUCAACUCCCCGUCCGCUCCCGGUGCUGAUGCGUCUGUGGGCGGGGCUGAGGGCAGCGCGGAGCGAGUGAGGGGCUCUGCCCUGGGAAUGCUGUGGGAAGUUGGGUGUCAGCCUUUGCCUAGGUGCAUUCGACCUUGUGAACCUAAAAAUGGGAGACCAAGGAAGAUGCUGCAAGUAGCAGUGGCCAUCACCUGGAGGAAGCUCUGGCAGAGGUUAACAGCUUUCCCAGCAGGAAGAUUGGCCUCUUUACAUUGGAAGACAUCUGGCUGUGGUGUUUGCAUUUCAGAGCCCUUUCCACCUGUUUUUGAUAAGCUGGGUGAAAUAGAUCACACUAAAUCUUUUGCCCAACGUUCCUCAGAAGAUGAGAGGAGAAAGGAACGCAGCAGACCAAGAAGGCAAUAUGAAACUACCUAUAGACAUGAAAUGAAGUCAAGGACCCUUGUACUCUCAUCCUGGCAGCCUUUUGUGAAGCAUUUAGAGUCAAAAUACUCUGGACACAUGAAGUAUGGAGAUUUACAUCUUCCUAGAAAGAAGUACAGAAAUGACCAAUCACUGUUGCCAGGAACAUUCUGCCUUUUUCAGAUCUUCUCAAGGAGCCCAGGGAAAUCAACCAAACUGAAGAUACCCUGA